AUGAAUCAUUUGUCUGAGUCUAUCUAUCGCGCCCAUCUUGAGAGUAUCGGUUCCGACGAUAUCAGUAAUGCCGGGACAAAUUUCCCCGUGCCGACUGCAAACUCCAUUACAGGCCUUCCAAGGAGACGAAGUCGACAUUUGAUCAGAUCUUCCCGGAGCUCUGCGUCUCCUCUGGUUGUUCCACACCAGGCGGACAACGACUUGAGUCCCAUGCAACGAUGGCAAGAGUCCCCUCCCGAGGACGAGCCGGCCUCUAAGUCUGCGAUUAUGAGUGCAUUAAGGUCAUCAAAGCGAGAAAAUAUGAAGACCGUCAGCCACGGCGCCUUUAGUGGCUAUCGACGACCUGCCUCACUGGCCAGCUCCAAUAGUGACACCAGCUUUUCCUCCCAUCAAUCAUUUCGCUCGACGCGAUCUGAAGCAUCAUCAGCAACGCAAGAUUCCCAAAAGACGCAUUGCCGCAAUCAGCAUCGUAUUCGGAAGCUUGGAAACAAAAGAACGGCUACCAAAGAUGCCACCAACCGACCGUUCUGUUGCACGUUUUGCUGCGAUAAAUUUAAGAGCAAAUACGACUGGGUUCGCCAUGAGAAAUCUCUUCACCUGAACUUGGAAGUUUGGGUCUGCGCUCCGCAUGGAGGAUCUCCGAUUUCCCCCUUGACUGGAAGGCAACAUUGUGUCUUUUGUUAUUGCCUGGAACCGUCCCUGGAACAUCUCGACGAACACAAGUACGAUUCGUGCUCGAGAACACGGCGCACUUUCCGAAGAAAGGACCAUCUUGUUCAACAUCUCCGAUUAGCCCAUCGCCUUGAUACAUUACCAGUGCUCGAUGAAUGGAAGACUGAUUCUGUCCAAGUGACCUCUCGUUGUGGCUUCUGUGAUCAUCGCCUCGAAAGCUGGGAGGAACGUGUUGAGCACCUGGCGGUGCACUUCAAGAAGGGACUGACAAUGCGCCAUUGGCAUGGAGACCACGAAUUCGAGCCGAGUAUUGCCGCACAGGUGAUUAAUGCGGUACCACCAUAUCUUCUUGCAUCGGAGUCCAUAUCAAUGGUACCCUUCUCAGCCACAAAUUUCAACAGCAAAGAUCAUUUUGCUCAGAUUUCCUCGCGAGCAGACGGAGCAAAUACUCGAGUGGAGGGAAGUCUGAAAGAGAGCGAGUUUCAAGGGAGAGAUAAAAGCACGGCGAUGUUGGCCAGUUCUCUUGAACAAUUGCAGACACGGGACGUGCCUCUCAACACUUUUUUAGAGGUCGUCACUAUGCACCUUGGUCAGUUCGCUCGGCAAAAUAUGAGUCAGGGUAUCAUACCCACGGACGAAAUGUUUCAGCGGGAGGCCAGACGGGUUCUUUAUGAUUCCGAUGAUCCUUGGAAUCAGACGUUUGCCGAUAAUCCUGAGUGGAUAGCCGACUUCCGGCGAAAUCAUUACAGACAAAAUGAUUAUUCUCUGGAGCCCGAGAGUCAUGCACAUCAAUAG